AACGGAGGGUUAAAUAAAUACGAGUAAUGGACAAUGCGUCAUAUUUCGUUAUAACCAUUGUCUUUGCUAUUUUGCUGUUAAUAUUUGUAACAAAAAAGAGCCGUCGACAGCUGAAAGUGGAACGAAUGGCCGUUAAGGAAGCAAAUCCAAAUCUUCAAGUGCUUAAUCGAUUGGUGUCUAAGGUUAAAAUAUACCGCAAAAACUGGCGUCCAAUCAUUGAACCAAAUCCUGAAGCGGAUAAUGUUGCUGAAAAAUUGGCCGAAAUGCAUGUUAUCGAUGACAACGCGAUUGAUGUUGAAAUGGCGAAUGCUGCCGAAGACGUGUGUAUCAUCGAUGAAAAUGAGAUGGAUGUUGAAAUGAACCUUAAAUGUGGUACCACAGGAAUUUUAAUCGAGCACAGAUUAUAAAUCGAGAUGAAUACAAACCUGUCACCUUUAAAAGAACUAUUUUGCGAAAAAAUCUGCAAAUGACCAAAUAGAAAAAAAAGAAAAACUGUAUGAUUUAUUCAGUAUUCAAAAUUAAUAUUUAAUUCUCUUAGA